AACAAAGUUCCUCCUCUCCUUGCCGAGAUGAGAAAAGGGAGUGAAGAGUCUGUUCUGGCACUUUAAUGCUGUGCAGCCGUCCCUGGUUAGACCUUAAAACCCCCCAGGAUGUGUGCAGAUUUUGCUGCAGAGCUCUCAUGAAAACGCGCUCUGAAACACCAGCGGCGGUCAGAACCGCUCUCUCAGCGUGGUAUCUCUCAAAAUAACCACUCCGUUUCUUUCUUUGCAAAGAGGUUUUUUUUUUUUUUGUGAGUAAAUUUAGUGAAACUAUGGCCUUCUUCGUGAAAAAGAAGAAAUUUAAGUUUCAGACCCAUCUGACCCUGGAGGAGCUGAGUGCGGUGCCUUUCGUCAACGGAGUUUUGUUCUGCAAGCUGCGGCUGCUGGACGGGGAUUUUGUCGCCUCUUCUUCCAGAGAAGAGGUUCAAGAGAACUGCGUCCGCUGGAGGAAGAGGUUCACCUUCUUGUCAAAAAUGAGUGCCAACCCCCACACUGGAGUCCUGGAUCCGUGUAUCUGCAGGGUGUCCGUCAGGAAGGAACUCAAAGGAGGAAAAGCGUACAUGAAGCUGGGCUUCACAGACCUCAACAUGGCGGAGUUUGCGGGUUCUGGCUCCACCGUGCGCUGCUGCCUGCUGGAAGGAUACGAUACCAAGAACACACGGCAGGACAACUCCAUACUAAAGGUGAUCAUUGGAAUGACUCUUCUGUCGGGGGAUCCGUGUUUUAAAACGCCUCCGAGCACAGCAAAGUCCAUCUCUAUCUCAGGACAGGAACACACCUUGCAGCUGGACUGUAAGGGGGAGGGGACCGCCGAGCCCGGGCCGACGGGAGGGGUUUCUCUGGGCCGGAUGCCCAAGCCUCGGUCUUCCAUCAUCAGCUCCGGACUGCUGGAGGAAUCUGAUGCGAAUCAGAACCAGUCCGGUCCUGCAGAGGCUUUCCAGUCUGGUCAUUCCCGGAACUCCAGCUACGCCAGUCAGCAAAGCAAAAUCUCAGGCUACAGCACUGAGCACUCCUGCUCCUCCAGCCUGUCGGACCUCACGCAUCGCAGGAAUACCUCGACAGGAAGCAGCGCCUCCGGGGGCCCGGGCUUCACUGCCGACACCCCCCUGGAGGGAGACAAGGACGCCGGACGUCCAGAAAGACCCCCCCGACCCCCGCGGCCUGUGCUGCCGCCGAACAGGCCCUCGAGGCGGAAGCAGGACUCUGUUGAGAGCCACCCCUGCUGGGUAAACGACACCCGCAUUGAUGCUGACGACAUCGUGGAGAAAAUUGUCCAAAGUCAAAACUUUGCAGAUACCAACCACACUGAAGACAGUAACCUCCGCCUGUUCGUCAGCAGGGAUGGAACCACUGCACUCAGCGGCAUCAGGCUGGGGAACAGGGUGUCUGCCUCCGGCUACGAGCCCGUGGUGAUAGAGAGCCAUUAAGCCAGGCAGCAGCAGUGGACGACACGUUGACCCGUGCAUCGCCCCAUCGUCCGUCUGUCCGGGUCUGUACGCAAGCUUCAGCUGGUCUGAUGCCGGGAGAGGAAAAGCCGUCAGUUUGCACUUUACGUGAAGCCUGUUGCAGCGCCUGCCUGCAACGCCGUUUGUUAACGUGGAGGGCGACUCCGCGUGAAGGCACAAAAUAACUCCAUCUCGCUUGUGUUGCGGUUAAAACAGGAGGUUUGCCACUUCUGGCCCCCAAAAUCAUCUAUUUAUCCCCAGCAAUUUGGUAAAAGUGAAACUCACUGCUCUGGUUGAAGGUGAUCAUCUUCAUAAGACUGUUUAAAUUAUCGAUUGGUUUACUUUGGAGACACUUUAUUUCCCAGAAAAUGUAAAUCUGAGAGAAGGUCAGUGAGCUGCUGUCACAAGGACAUUUUUGUUUUCCAAAGUAAAUGAGUUUUGCAUCAUUUAUUCAACAUAUUUAACAGUUUCUAUGAACAGUAAAUUGCUAAAUUAGUCCACAGAAACAAUUAUAAAACAUUUUCCCUGUUUAGUUCAUAUUUAGAUAAAAGUAUCCAUCCAGUUUCGUUAGUUGACCUCGCUGAACACACAUUUUCAUUAAUCUCACGUGCACCAGCAGUGUAUCACUCAGCUGUGUUUUAGACUAAAAUGUUUUAAACAAACUACAUUACAGAAACUACAUGCGCUUCCGUGUGGUCAGAUGUGGCAAUGCUGCAUAGACUGGCUUUAAUGCAUGACAUUAAACAGUGUUGAAGAUGAGUAGAAGCGAUCCGCUUUAAUACCAGCAGCGGCAGGAAGAUGUUAAAUCUCAGAUGCAUUGCAGAUAUGUUGGGGAUGUGUGGAUGAUUCUGGAUUUAAUUUCCUGUUCUUAUAACAAACUGACCAAUUCAUAAGCUUUACGGUUUACAGCCACACACAUUUAAGAGUGAACGUAAUCAUCUGCUCUCAUGUUGAAAUUGUGUUGUUGUUUUUUUUUUUUUUCAAAUAUAUGUUCAUAAAAUCUCUGUGGAAUUAAAUUGACACCUUCUUGUUCUCUCAAAAGUGCUGAGCAGUAAUCCUGCUGGUUUGGAUUUAAAAUGAUUGUGGCCUUCAGAGGCUCCGCCAUCUCCACUGAAGCUCAGCAGCAGAACAGGAUAAACUAACUGUGCAGUUUACAUACUGGAUGUGUUGCACAAUAAAUAAACACACGUUUGAUGCGUAAUGACGAAUAUUAAAUGCAUCACAUCCAACACUUAAUGUGAUUUGAAAGUUUUUGGAAAACCACUGUGCAGAAAUUUUUUUGUCUGAAAUAGUUUUUCCCUGUUGAUCGGGGGGAAACAGAACCACUGUGUGCCUGACGUUUCUCUUGAAUGAGCCAAAAGCACAUUGAAAACUGUGAUAAGAGUGCUGGUGAUGGUGAGGAGGGAAACGUUUGUUUUUGUUUUGUUGGUUUCUUUCCGUCAGCUUAUCGCUAAGUUUACUAGAAGCCCAACUGUACACUCUUUGCAUGCUCGAGUAUUAAGCUCCAGCUGAGGCAAGGUUUUCUGCUGAGCCGAGUGAACACGUCGACGAUUACGACUGAUGUUCCUCAGCUGAGGUUUUUGUGUUCAGGUGCGAUAAGGAGGGGGUUCUGUGACAGCUGCAACUGUAAAAGUCUUUGUUGCCCCCUGGUGGGGGAACGACAUGCGCUCCAGCCUCGCUGGUGUUUCCAAUGAGCCUUAUUUUGAUUCAGUUUACUGAUUACUGGAAUAAAAAAAAGAAAAGAAAAGCACCACUGAGGCAGGAAAAAUGUGGAGUUUUCACCCCGAACAGAGGAAUCAUGCAGAAACCAGCUGGCUGGUUUUUGUUGCUCUGCAAGUAUUGUUCACAAAAAGAGCAUCUUUUGUUUUAAUCCUGCAAGGGCCACAAAGUUACGCGUCAUGUGUAUGUUUUCUUUUUUUUUUCUCUUUAAGAGCAUGCUGAUUUAUCUGGAAAUAAGAAGUAAAAACAGUGUCCCUUUCACAAACCUCUUUAUGCCCUGAUAGAUUAAAUAAAUUGAUUGACAGAACCAGUUAUAAAUAUUAUACUUUUACUGAACGUUUUUUUUUUACAUUUUUGCUUAUCAAAGCAAAUAAUUUAGACUCAAACUCGUUAAACAUUGCAAAAACCUUAAAAGAACAAUAAAAAACAUGUUUAAGACUCGUGUUUCAAUUUGGACUCUUCUAUGAAGAAUGUCCUUUUUUUUUUUUAAGCGACUUCACCUGUAAACUUGAGUUGUAGUUAGAUAUUUGUUGAGUGAGGCAGCAGUUUUGUCCCUCGCUGCUUCACAUCUUCAUCACGCCGAGCUGCUGAUCCCAGCUCUUCAUACGACUGUCUUUUUCACAGUCCAUCCGCAGCGACCCGUUUAUUGAUCGCAUGCUUGGUAAAACUCACCUCUUGGGAUGAACCACUGAAUUUGGCUCGACAUCGCCACGGUCUUUUGUAUUAUUUUAAAUCAUUUAUUUAAACUUUUUUUGGGGGUCUGGAGGUUGUUAUAAGCUAUGCACAGAACUCGCCUCUUUGAGCUUGUUUUUUUCUUUUUAGUGAUUCUAACAAAUGAUUCUAUUGUAAGAAAGCUAGUUUGAGCUAAAUUUAUAGAAGAUAAAUAUAGUUAAUGUGUAUUUUUUUCUGGUAUAUUUGUGCAGAAAUUACUUAUAAACAAUAAAGU